AGACAAGAACGGUAUAAAUAUGCUAUGUUUCCCUUAGUUCCGCAUCAUUUAGGUGACGGAACCUGAGUCAUCAACUAUUUCAUCUUCUAUUAUCAAUUUAAAAACAUGAUGUUCUUAGUGAUUAUAUCAAUUAUGUUAUUAGCGGGAGCGCAAGCUCGCAUUGAGCCGGGCGAACCGCUGCAAGACUACAGGUGCAGUCAGGCUAACGGCUAUGAAGCAGUUUCCCGUCAAUGUGACGUAUUCAUCGAAUGUGAGGACAACAUAGCAGUUCAACAGAUAUGCCCAGAUGGUCUGCAUUUUAACAGCAAAGCCGCGUGGCCUUCCUACCCUUGUGGCUAUCCCACGGAGGUGCAAUGCGGCGCUUCGGACGCCGUCCAGCCGGCGCAACGUAGCGAAGAGUGCCCGCAUCUCUAUGGAGUUUUCCGCUCAAGCAACAACUGUGAAUCCUACACGUGGUGCUUCGACGGCAUUGCUAGACUCAUGUAUUGUCCCGCUGGACUCGUUUUUAAUGCUGAAAAAUCUCUUUGUGACUUCCCGUCUAACGUGCCUGAUUGCAGUCACACUAAAGCCUUGGAGAGUUUCACAUGUCCCGCGGGGCUAAUUGGUAAUGAAGACGAAGGAUACAGAAUCCCCACAUUCAGAUAUGGAAGAAGCUGCAGCUACUUCGUCGCUUGCCCAGAUCAGUUCCCGCGUCUCCUGAGCUGUGACCCAGGUUCGCAUUUCGAUGAUCAAUCCGGAAGCUGUGUGCCCGAACAGUACGUCACAAACUGUGACCGCAAUUAAAUAUGAAUGCUUAAUAUUCUUUAGCUAAGAAUAGAGAUAUUAUUGAUUCCACUUGAUUCGUGAAUAUGCUGACAAUUUUAAAUUAGAUAUUGUUUGAAGUUAAUAGUUUCUUUUUAAAUAUAUAUGUCUAUAGAAAAUAAAAA